UUCGGUUCUAGAAUUUUUCCAGCUGAAGUAAACCAUAGUUAGUUUGGUUUGGAUUGAUUUCGGUUCAGUUAUGUUCGGUUCGGUUUAUAUUCGGUUCGGUUUGUAUUCGAUUCAGUUUGUAUUUCGGUUCGAUUCGGUUUAAUCAGAUUUCUCUUAGUUUAUUUAUUGUACAAGAAAUCAUGUUUUAAUACAUAAAUGUAUGAUUGUCAUGAAAUAAUCGCGUUGGUCAUAAUAAAAAAUUAAGUAUGUAAAUUAAAUUCAAUAUUAAACCAAAUAAAAAUCUUUUUAAAAGUUACAAAUAUAGUUUAUAACUUUAUAACAAUUAACAUGGAAAUUAUGUGGGCUUAAUGACAAAUAUUACAAAAGUUAGACGAAGUGUCAUGGAAAUCAAAUUAUAUUAGGAUUUCUUUCGUGCAAAAGUAAAUUACUUGGGCUAAGUCUUAGGAUUUUAAUAUCUUGAUAUCACUAAUAUUUUUAAUUUAAAUAACUAUAAAAACACUUCGGUUUAUCGGUUCGGUUCAGUUUAAACCGAACUGAACUGAACCAUUCGGAUUGGAAAACUCUUCAACCGAAUGAUUUGAAAUGGACUUUGGUUUGGUUCAAAUCGGUUUCGGUUCAGUCGGUUCGGUUCGAUCGGUUCGGUUCGGAUUUUUUGCCCACCCCUACUUUUUUGGAAGCUUGCUCAAAGGUAUAAUCGUCAAUUCAUUGACGUGUUGUCUCUGUUUCCACGGACACGGAAAAGGAAAUGUCGCAGAAGAUAAAAUCUUCUGCUGUUUUAUAUAGAAACUAGAGUAAAGUAAAGGAGGAGUUUUCUUUUGUUUAUUCAUGCAAGUUUUCUGCCACUUUCCUCCGCAAGUGGCUUUGUCAUAUUUUUCUUAGAGAAUUUGGAAAUUACUCCAGACUUUCCUUUUAUUAUCUUAUCAAACACAAAUAACAUGAAAUCUACAAUAAAGAAACGUAAGGGGGUUAUGCAAAUAUUCUUAGGGCAAUUAUAUUUUUCUUAUGCAAAUAUUCUUAGAGCAACUCCAAAAAAAUUAUUUAUUUUAAAGUUUACCAAACUCUAUAUUUGAAAUUUCAAGAUAUUUUUCUCAAAAAUCAAAACUUCAACUUAACUUCAAAAUUAUUUAUAUUUUACACUAUAAUCUUUUUAUUUAUCAUAAUUAAUGUAAACUCACAAAUGUUUUAUAAAUAAUUAGCACAUAUAUAAAAAUAUUACAGCAAUAUUAUUUAAUAAAAUUUUAUACUAAAUAUAAAUUUAUAAAUAAAAAUACAUAAUUAAAUAUUAAAUUACAAGUAAAUACUACAAUAUUCCAUAAAAUUAUUUCAUAAUGCUCUAUCUUCAUUUACACAAAAUUUGUUUGGAUAAUAUUUUAGAAAUACCAGAACAAAUUAUCAGACUAUUACUGUUGUUGUAAUAUUAAAAUUUGUAUAAUAAUAAUCUCUCCAUGUACCUUUUUAUAAAGUUUUUUUAUCAAAUUUCUUUUGUAAUAUUCUUGUUAUGUAAUUUUAGUUUUUAAAUAUUAUAAAUCAUAUUUUUAAAAUUUUAAAAUUUAAAAUUUGAAUUAAUAAAAAAAUAAAAUAUUUAUGACAUAAUUUUUUAAGGAUUAAAACGAUAAACAGAAAAAUACUUAAAAAUUAUAAAUUUGAUGUGUAAUUAAUUGUGAGAAACAAAAUGUAAAUAAAAAUACUAUUAAAUAUUAAAUUUGAAGUUUUGAGUAGUGAAACUUUUUCAGAACUCUAAAUUGAAGUUUUAAAGUAUUUUUCGGAAAGAAAAAAACUAUAUAUUUAAAGUUAUAGAGUUUUUUUUUGGAAAUGCUCUUACAAAACUUAUAUUCAAUAUUUUGUGUAAAUAUGUGGAUUAUGGACUCAUGGGUAACGAUCAAUUUAGUAAAAAGUUAACGAUGUGUGGGGGAUUAGUUAGUUUAACUCUCUGAUACCUUAUGAGGAAUUUUAACACACCGUUGGUUUGAUAGUCCUGUUAAUUUGUCUAUUUCGAAUAAAAUUUUGAUUUGUUUGGUAUCUAAUAUUGAAUUUAAUACUGUAUCAUUGUUCGACUAAGAAUUUUCGUAGCUUUGGUAUGAAGUUUCUGUGAAUGAUUUUAUAUAUUCGUAUUCUGGUGUCCCUCAUUAAAAGACAACACCAUGGGAAAUUUAAUGCAACGCAGAAUAUUAUACAGAUUGGUCUCUCACAUGUCUCUUUUUAAUUAGUACUAGUAUCGAAAAAAAUCUAACCAAAUCUUGCUUAGGAAUAUCCAUUGUCAUUAUCUUCAUAGAUAUCCUCAUAUCCAUCUAUAUAAAACCAAAAAUCACACUGCAAUAAUGCUUACACUUUAAAAAGGCUCAGGUUCAAAGAACGAACAUUGAAUCAUGAUUCCUGAAUCCUGAGUAAUGAUAUCUUAGGUUUGGGUUAAUCUUGCCUCGAUUAUUGGCUUGUAUUAAUGGUGGUUAACCAUUAACUAUGCUAUAACUAAAACCACUCAUAAAUGUAAACCUAAAAGUAUUCGCUUGUCUUAAUGGUGAUUAUCCAGUAGCUAUGAUAUAUAGCUUUUUAAUGUUUGAUUCUCAAAUAAUAUAAUUUUGAUGCAAGUUUAUCAGAAUUUUCAGAGUGUUGCAGGUGUUGUGAUCGUGAAAGAGCUUGUCCAUCGAAAAUGUUAUACAUUCAAAAUCGUCCGUUGAUCUAAGCAUUAAAUGGAGAACUUUGUGAAACUGUAUGUGAAGUUGUUCGUAAAUAUCACAUAUUUGCAAAUAGUUUAUUAUUAUUUAUAAUAGAGAUAAAAGAUUAUAAGAUGAUGUACAUAGUGUUAAAAAUAUCAAUUGAAUUCUUAAGUAUACACAUAAUCUGAGGCCUUUACCGAUUUGUACUUAGUUCAUCAUGCAUCAUCGCGUUUUUUCUACACAACCUGAUGUUUGGCCCACAGGCUGAAUCAGUAACACCGAUCGUUAAUGGCAAGAGUUUAAACAGGUCGGGCCGAGAAAGCCCAUCACAAGCUCACAACAUAUAUUCAUUGUGCAGAGGGUGUUAGUGUUUAAGUUUCGUCGUCUCUGAGCUUAUUUCUGUAAAUUGAGAAGUUUCCCACUUGACUUUAUCUUAUUUUUAAACUUUGUUUAAUUACGCUUUUUUCCGUAGACUCUUCCUUCCAUUACAUUUUCUAGUUGCAAAUGGACAAAAGGUUCCAAAUGAUAAAUAAAUAAAUUUACAUCUUCAUUGAAUCGUUCAUUCUUUUGCCAAUUGUCCUAAAGUAUAUUAUCAACAUAAACAUAGUACUGGGCACGUUGUGGUUGACAUUAAGAGCCAAUAGUAACAUGAUGCAAGAUAUUGCACAGCUACUCAUUGCAAUUAUCUUCCAUGUCUCACAUUAACAAAUAAUAAAAACCUAUGCCAUCGUAGAUUACUUAUACCAUUUCCUCUCUAAUUGCAAUAUUUAAAUAAAUAACUAAGAGAUUAACAUCAGUUGUUUAUGUAGCAACAUUGCUUCCAACGCUCUCCGGUUCCACAGGAACCGCUAUGGAAGCAAUUAAUGUGCUUCCUCUGCUCCUCAUCUCACUGUUUUUAACCUUUCUUGUCAUGGAAGCAACCGAUAUCAUCACAGCAAACCAGACUCUUAAAGAUGGAGACACCAUUGUUUCAAAAGGUGGUAGCUUCGAGCUCGGCUUUUUCUCUCCGGGAGGAUCAAGAAACCGUUAUCUCGGUAUCUGGUACAAGAAAGUCUCUCUCCAGACCGUUGUUUGGGUCGCAAACAGAGAUUCUCCUCUCUACGACCUCUCAGGAACCCUAAAAGUCUCUGCAAACGGGAGCUUACGUCUCUUCAGUGGCAGAGACUACAUCAUCUGGUCAUCAUCUUCUUUGGAGAAGCCCGUUGUAAGAAACCCCAUCGUUCAGAUUCUUGAUACAGGUAACUUAGUCGUGAGAAACUCAGGGAAUGAUCAAGAUUACAUAUGGCAGAGUUUAGAUUACCCAGGAGACACGUUUCUUCCAGGAAUGAAAUACGGUAUAAAUUUUGUAACCGGAAUUAACCGGUUCUUGACUUCUUGGAUAUCUCCAGACAAUCCAUCAACUGGUAAUUACACGAACAAAAUGGAUCCAAGCGGUGUUCCACAGUUUUUCUUAAAGAAAAACUCGGUUGAUGUUUUCAGGGCUGGUCCAUGGAAUGGUCUAAGAUUCACCGGUAUGCCUCACCUAAAACCUAACCCUAUUUACCGAUAUGAGUUUGUCUUCACGGAAGAAGAAGUUUACUACACUUACAAGCUUGAAAACCCUUCAGUGAUCACAAGAAUGCAGUUGAAUCCCAAUGGAGCGUUGCAACGUUACACUUGGGUCGAUAGCCUACAGAGCUGGAACUUCUAUCUAUCGGCUCAAACGGAUAGCUGUGAUCUCUACAAGUUGUGUGGCUCUUACGGAAGCUGCAACAUCAAUGAGUCUCCAGCUUGUAGGUGUUUAAAAGGGUUUGUUCCUAAAUCUCCAGAGGCUUACUAUGCAGGGGACUGGUCAGGAGGGUGUGUUAGAGAAGUGAAAAUGGGUUGUGGUAAAGGAGAAGAAGACUUUCUGAAGAUUUCAAAGUUGAAGUUACCUGAUACAAGAGGUUCUUGGUAUGAUAUGAGAAUGGAUUUGAAUGAAUGUAAGAGGGUAUGCUUGAGAAACUGUUCUUGCUCAGCUUAUUCACCUUUUGAUAUUAGAGAUAGAGGAAGUGGAUGUAUUCUCUGGUUUGGAGAUUUGAUUGAUAUAAGAGAAUAUAAUGAAAAUGGACAAGAUCUGUAUGUGAGGCUUGCUACUUCUGAAAUAGCAAAGUAUAAAAACUAUGGCGUGAAGGGCAAGAUGAGGAUCAUGCUCAUUAUAGUAUUUUCUACGGCAUUGCUUCUUAUUUGCCUUUGCAUAGUUCUGACUUUCUGCAACAUGAGGAAGAGAAAGAAACUUGCAACAAUAGAAACUUCGCAUCGCGAUUUAGACCGUGUUUCCAGCAGAAAACAAGAGGAGGAAGAUGCUGAGCUACCGUUUCUUGAUCUUGAGGCCAUUGCAGAAGCUACUUCUGGAUUCUCUGAUGAGAAUAAACUUGGACAAGGUGGUUUUGGACCUGUCUAUAAGGGAACAUUGUCUUGUGGACAAGAAAUUGCUGUAAAGAGGCUUUCAAGAACGUCAAGACAAGGGAUAGAAGAAUUCAAGAACGAGAUCAAACUCAUUGCAAAGCUACAACACCGUAAUCUUGUCAAGAUUCUUGGCUAUUGCGUUGAGGAAGAUGAAAGAAUGCUUAUCUACGAGUAUCAGCCUAAUAAAAGCUUGGAUUCUUUUAUUUUCGAUAAAGAACGGCGCCAAGAACUUGACUGGCCUAAACGUGUGGAAAUAAUCAAAGGCAUUGCUCGUGGACUGAUGUAUCUCCAUCAAGAUUCAAGGCUUCGAAUCAUCCACCGUGAUCUCAAAGCAAGCAAUGUUUUGCUUGAUUCCGAUAUGACUCCAAAGAUAUCGGAUUUUGGAUUGGCUAGAACCUUGGGAGGAGAUGAGACUGAAGCAAACACAACCAGAGUGGUUGGAACAUAUGGCUAUAUGUCUCCGGAGUAUCAAAUCGAUGGGUUUUUCUCAUUAAAAUCCGAUGUAUUCAGCUUCGGAGUUUUGGUUUUGGAGAUAGUGUCAGGAAGAAGAAACCGCGGUUUCUGCAAUCAAGAACACAAGCUGAACCUUCUUGGACACGCUUGGAGGCAAUACACAGAAGAUAAGGCAUGUGAGCUAAUCGAUGAAGCUUUAAAGGAAUCGUGUACCGAUGUUUCUGAAGUGUUAAGAGCUAUUCAUAUUGGUCUGUUAUGUGUACAACAAGAUCCCCAAGACAGACCAACCAUGUCAGUGGUGGUUCUGAUGCUGAGUAGUGACAUGUUGCUUCUUGAUCCGAAAGAGCCUGGGUUUUACAACGAACGAAAUCUCUUGUAUUCUGACACUACAUCGAUUAAUCUGGAGAUUCCUUCCAAAAAUUUUCAAACCAUGAGUGUAAUAGAUCCUAGAUAAACCUUGUAAUCAAUCUUUGUAUAUUCUAUAAUCUCUAACUAUUUUUGUGUGUGUUGUUUUGUCUUUGGUGACAUUAUUAUUACAUCACAUUUUACUAACCAUAGUUUGUAAAGGAUCUUUAUUUCUUCUACCGACAACCUUUUUUUUUUUCUACCGACCUUGUAUCAUUGUAAUGGAAACUUGGUUUAUCGAACGACUUAGAGAUGAAGAAACAUCUGGAACGUUCCGGUUGGUGAAAAAGCCAGGUUGUUUUGGAUCAGGGAGAGAACCAUCACUCCCAAACAUCAGGACAACA